GCUUCCUAAAACCUAAUAUUAGCCUCGUGCCCUAUAUUACCGUUAUAAUGUAAAAGCAAAUCAUUCUCAUUAUUUUAUUAUUUAUUUAUUUAUUUACUUUAUUAAUAACAUAUUAUCAUCGUCAUCUUCAUCUUCCUCGCUGCACCUUCUUCCACGACGCUCCACUUAACCGUUUAAACCCCACCAAACCCUGAAAACCCUAAUUCUCCCUCCAAUGAAUCCCCAAUUCAAUUUCUCCUUCCCCCCAUCGCCGCCAUGAAUAAGACCUUCCUCUUCACCUUCCUCAUUCCAUUCUCAAUCUCAAUUGCAUUCUCGCAGGACGAUUCCGAUCUCAAUCUCGAUUUCCCCAAUUUCUCCAUCAGAAAUUUCACCCUCCUCGGCGACUCCUACCUCCGCAGCGGCGUCGCCGGCCUCACUCGCGACGUCCAGGUGCCGUCCUCCAGCGCCGGCUCCGUCAUCUACAACCGUCCGAUCAGAUUCUCCGAUACGGCGUCGUUUUCCACCAGGUUCGCCUUCUCUAUUGAAAAUAUCAAUCCUUCCUCGCCCGGCGACGGCCUCACCUUCUUCAUCUCCGGCGACAACCAGACGCUCGGCAGUCCUGGAGCCUUCCUCGGGCUCGUCAACGCCUCCGCCGUCCGACCGCCGGAAAACAACAGCAGCUUCAUCGCCGUCGAGUUCGACACCAGACUCGACCCGCACUUCCACGAUCCCGACGACAACCACGUCGGAUUCGACAUUGACUCCCUAAUCUCAUUCAAAUCCGCCAAUUCGAUGCUCGCCGGCGUCGAUUUGAAGAGCGGCAACACCAUAACCGCCUGGAUCGACUACUCCGGCGAGAACCAUAACCUCCAGGUAUUCCUCAGCUACACCAAUUCCAAACCUCCUAAUCCUCUCUUAACCGUCGACGUCAAUCUCUCCGAUCACCUCAACCACUCCAUGUUCGCCGGAUUCACCGCCUCCACCGAAGGCAGUACGGAGCGCCAUUGCAUCACCAAUUGGAGCUUCUCAACACACAGUUUCCGGCCCCGGCGAAGUCCUAACAAUGUAUCCGAAACCUCUGUUCCAAACCCGCCGGAAAAGUCAAUUCCGGUAACGGAUUCCGGCAGCAGACUUCACCGGAGGAUUGGAUUCGGCCUCGGAAUCGGCUUCCCGGCGUUCUUCUGCGCCGUUCUCAUCGUUUUUGGAUUCUUUUCAAUCAAGAAAUGGAGAGGAUUCAAGAAGGAGAAGAACUUGAAAGCCGAGGUAAUGGCAGGGCCAAGAGAGUUCAGCUACAAAGAAAUCAACGCCGCCACCGCCGGAUUCGACAAAGCUCGGAUCUUAGGCCACGGCGCAUUCGGCACCGUCUACAAGGCGUUCUUCGCCGACGGCAUGAUCUCCGCCGUAAAAAGAUCGAAGCAUCCCCGCGAAGGGAAAGUCGAGUUCUUAUCCGAAUUAUCGAUCAUCGCAUGUCUCCGGCACAAGAAUUUGGUUCAACUCCAAGGAUGGUGCGUCCGAAAGGACGAUCUUUUGCUCGUCUACGAAUUCAUGCCGCACGGAAGCCUCGACAAGGCUCUACACCACGACGAAUCCGGUAACGGUGAGGCCGCAACGACAACGAUACUAAAAUGGCCACAACGGUACAACAUUGCGGUCGGGCUCGCGUCGGCGCUAACGUACUUGCAUCAAGAAUGCGAGCAACAAGUGAUCCACCGCGACAUCAAGUCGAGCAACAUAAUGCUCGACGGGAACUACAACGCUCGGCUCGGGGACUUCGGGUUGGCGAGACUAAUGGACCACGGUGACAAGAGCCCCGUCUCGACACUAACGGCAGGAACAAUGGGAUACCUUGCGCCUGAAUACCUACAAUACGGAAAGGCAACCGAUAAAACCGACGUGUUCAGCUACGGCGUCGUAAUACUCGAGCUCGCGUGCGGGAGAAGGCCGAUCGAGCGGGAGGGCGAGGGGCAAAGGAUGGUGAACCUCGUCGAUUGGGUGUGGAAGUUGCACUCGGAAGGCCGUAUAGUUUCGGCAGCCGAUGGUCGGAUGAAGGGAGAGUUCGACCAACAGGAGAUGAAGCGAUUGUUGCUCGUCGGGCUUAGCUGCGCUAAUCCCGACGGCGCGGCGAGGCCGUCGAUGAGGAGAGUUUUUCAAAUACUUAGCGACGAGGCGGAGCCGGUGGUGGUGCCGAAGGUGAAGCCUAGUCUAACUUUUUUGAAUAGUUUGCCGUUGAGUAUCGAUGAGAUCGUCGAGGAAUGUGAUCGAGAGGACCGAGAGCCGUCGCCGCCGUUUCCGGAGACGGGGGCUGGAAAAAUUGGGUGAAUUGUUUUUUUUUAAAGGAGGAUGAUUCUUUGAUUUGUUGGAUUUUUGUUUUGUAGAUGGACGUUGGAGUGUUGAUUUUUAAAGUUAGUUACGUUUGAUUGUCUGUUUGUUUUAUAAUUGUGUUGUGUAGAAAGAACUAAUGAAUGAAUGAAAUAUA